AUGUCUUCAUGCUGCCAUUUGUCCCUAAUACAUAUUCUCAUAUCAGAUGCACUGCUCCCACAAGAAAAACUGAAACCAUGCGCUGCAGACUUGCGUAUACCGCUGAGCGAUGGAUAUUGGUACAACAAAUCUGUAUUUGUGCCUCUGGUAUGUAAAAGUCAGCAGUGGACGAUAGACCAAGCAGCAAGGUGUCUAGCUGAUAAACAGAUCAUUCUUUAUGGUGAUUCAACUUUAAUGCAAAUAGGAAUGGUACUGAAGAAUACAUUCAAAAUAAAACACAUUAUCUCUACCUUUGUUUUUCCAAUGGUAGCAAAUGCUGUCAUGCGAUUCAAAAAAGGGGUUUUAGAAAGUGAUCGUCUAGACAGAAUCUCUCAGGUAAAUUGCUCUAUUGCAAAUCAUGUCAUCGUUUUAAACUUUGCAUACCAUUUUGGUGCCUUCACAAACCGGGCAUACUUAGAAAGAUUAUAUCAUGCUAAAUUGGCUGUGCAAAAUCUACUGUCAAGAUGUCCCAAAUCAAUUGUGCUGAUAAAACUAUCACAUCCGCGUGACAAUGAAUCUAUAGAGCAAAGUGUGCAUAGUAGUAACUGGGUCUUCUAUGACAUGAACAGAAUGAUACGUCGUGUGUUUGGUGGUAUUGGAGUGCGUUUUUGGGAUAUAUGGGAUUUAGUAAUUUCGUCGUUUGAGAACAUCAAUGUUCACAUGAAUACCCGCGUUAUAGUUCAAGAAGUGCAUCUUAUGCUAUCGUAUAUUUGUCCUGAGUUGGUGAUGACUUAG